AUGUCAGGCACUGAAGAAUUUACAAUGGAUUAUGAUCCAUUCAAGGAAAUUAAAGCUUUUGAUGAUACAAAAGCUGGUGUUAAGGGACUAGUUGAUGCUGGAAUUAUUCCAGUCUUGGAUCUCAGUGGCAUACAAGUUCAAGAUCGACGUAAGCAAGUUGUUGAUGAAAUAAGGGAAGCAUCAGUGAAGUGGGGGUUUUUCCAACUGAUAAAUCAUGGUGUUCCUCCAAGUGUAUUGGAAGGAAUGAUUGAUGGAACUCGUAAACUUCAUGAACAAGAUGCUGAGUUAAAGAAAGAGUACUAUUCGCGUGAUCUAAUGGGAAAGAGAGUUAGAUACGAGAGCAAUCCUCUUAUAUAUCUAUCUAUUCGUGCACACUUGAAUUGCUCUUCUAUAUCAGUUCUGUCUUGUUAA